UGAUGAAUCUUAUAAACUUCAAGAGUAAUGGAAACAAUGGGAACAAAGGCAGAAGUAACUCACUAUCAAAUUUAGAAUAACCUUUUAAACAAGGCUGUGUACCUUGCCUUAUCCUUUAAUGACAGAAAAAAACUUGUGGUAUGUUGGACUUUACUGCUGGCUCCAAAAUGUUGUGUGCGGUAACAAGGGAAGGCUGGAGGUCUGCCAGGACUUUGUGUGACAGAGUCCACAUUCUGGCAGGGUGGAGCUGAGUGUGUGUGUGUGUGUGUGUGUGUGUGUGUGUGUGUGCAUGUGUGUGUGUGUGUGUUGUGGUGCCACUGUCAGUGUCUUGGUGUGAGUCAAACUGUGUGGGCCAGUCUUCCUCUCCCAGUUCUUUGUUUGAUCUGUAAGGGGACAUUUUUUACUAUGAUUCCUCUCGAGGCAAUUUCAAGACCAAGACUAAAAUGGAUUGGCAACAUGGACAAGGUAGUGUCAAACAUAAUUCAUAUGCCCAACCAACCGGACCAUAUCAAAAAGGCUCUACUUAUAAAAUUGGUUCAUGCCCCAAAAUUAAACAUGAACCGGACGUUGCUGGAGAAGGCUGACAUAAUGGCCAUCUUUGACACCUGUGUGAACAUUGCCACCACCUCAGAGAAUGAAGGUUCCCUAGCAGUGUUUGCCUUCAGUCACUGGGCCAGCCAGUACAAGGCAUGUCUGAAGGAAUACUUAACACCAGAACGAGUGACAAGCAUCCUUGCUUGUCAGACGAAUGCCACAGUGGUCAUUGCCUGGCUGAAGGAGGCACUGAGCCACCUGACAGAGGACACAGAUGUCAUGUGUACCUUGGCACCAGUGUUGGAGGAUGGGCUGCAGAACAAGUUGCGGGAGUGUGGCGGCAGCUCAACCUUUGUCAUGCAGCUGUCUGAGCUGUAUGCCGUGUGUCCCAUGCUCCUGCCGCAGCCACACAUACGCCUCACCUUCACUAUCACUCUGAUGAAUUGUGUCGCUGCCUUCCCUACACCAACAAAGCCUGAGGUUCUCACCCAUAUGAAGAGCAUUGGUGGCUUGGUGAACACUUUGUGGAAUGGUCUAAGGCUAGAGGACAUCCUCUAUUCCCUUAAUUCAAUGUAUACCAUCAUAUCUAAUACUGAUGGGGGGUCAGAGGUCUGCCCAGCCAUGGCACACCUGCUGUCUCUGGUGCCCACGGUAGUGGUGGAGUGUCUGGCACCACGAAUUGUGUCUGACUCCAACACCACAGAUGCUGCCCUCCUGGCCACCCUGACUCGCCUCACGGCCUGGCUGGUGGCCUGGCCCACUGCUCACUCUACCCUGGCCUUGUGGGUGCGCACACUGGUUCGCCUCCUCUAUCAGAGCGGCCGCACCAUUGUCCCCAUCAGAGUCACCCUGGACAGGGUGCCCAAGCUGCUUACUGCCCUCCAAAUCCCUGUAGUUCGUACAGGAGUUGUGUCUGUCCUCUCCACCCUUCUGCUGUCAUUCCAAAGUUCACCAACAGCAUUUCACAAGGUCAUCCCAGCUCUGGUUGAUGUGUUUGGACAGCUGGAGAGAGAGGGCUCACAGUCCUCUAGUGCCACUCUGGGCCGCUUGGCCACCCUUUUCCACACCCUCAUGGUCCUCCACCCAGCCCAGCCAGACACUUACCAGCCCCUCAUGACUUGCCUGGAGAAAUACCCGGCUCCUUCAGAGGAAGACAUUCAGGAGCUGAUCCAGGAGCACCAGUGGGGGGCCCUGGAGGAGGGUGCGAGGGGCCUGGCCUCAGGACAGCUGCAGGGUGCAGUGGGAAUCAGUGAGGCGCCGCUGGUGUAUCAGCAGCGGCCCCUUUCUCAGAAGGUUGGCCUCCGCAACCUGGGUAACACAUGCUACAUGAACUCUGUGAUACAAGCGCUCUUCAUGACUGACAGCUUCCGCCAUGGCAUUCUGCGGGCUGUGCCACGAAGCAACCAGCAACUCUUGGUGAAGCUGCAGCACCUCUUCAGCAUGCUGUGCUUCACUCAUCGCACCUAUGUGGCUCCCAGGCUCUUCCAUGACAAGUCCAGACCUUCUUGGUUUAGUCCAGGCAUGCAGCAGGACUGUUCUGAGUACUUACGGCACCUCAUGAUUACUCUUCAUGAGGAGGAGCGUGCCGGCCAGACCCUGCCAGAAUACCAAGAACGGGUCAUAAUUGAAAGUGAGACUGCCAGCCUUGCUUCAGACCUCCAGCCAUUGCCUUAUGACUCAGCCACAGAGGACUUUGUAGAGGGGGAACAGCCAUCUAAAACUUAUGGUAGAGAUGAGAUCCAGAGCAUCAGCAUCACCUCCGGAGCACCACAGGCCACCAGGGGAGAUGGCACUCUGCUCAGUGACUUCAGACCUCUGGAUGCAGACAACAUCCUUUCUUCUAAUAGGAAAAAAAUGUCUGUUCAAAUGGAGCCACUAAAAGAGUAUCUGCAGGGAGAACCGAUGGAAGGGGUGGAUCAGAUAGACCACAUGGCUCCCAGUGGAGAGUUUUUAAGGAAAGCAACAUUGCAGGAGUCCAGUGAUGCAGACAUGGUGGAUGCUACAGGGUUGCAGUCUCUUAGUGAUGAAGGGGAUCAAAACAUGCAUGAUCUGUGUGAUAAUGGAAAGUUUGUGAGUACCUCUCUUCCUCAAGAUAAUGAAAGACAAUUACCGGUUGAUGUUGAAAUGGAUGUUAUGUCAGAAAAUUCAAAGUCAUUGAACUACAAGCGUAAGCACAAUACCACGCCAGAUGGUGUUACAAGACAAAUGUUGAAGUCCCCCAAAGGAGACAUGACCUCAGACAUUGACAAUAGCUCAGACAGUGGCAUCAGUGGAGACUUGGCUGAGGAUGUAGAGCUGCACAUCAGCAGCCCAAACCCCAGCAGUCCCAACCCCAGCAGUCCCCUCUCCAAAGAGACAUGUCCCGAGAGCAAGGGACUUACUAUUGAAGAACUUGUCGGCAACAAUCACAACAGUGAAGACACAGAAAAUGAAUAUUUUGUAAGCUUGGUUCACAAAGUUUUUGGUGGAAAGUUAGCAACAUGUAUUAAGUGUCUGCAGUGUAAAACAGAGUCUAUACACAAGGAUGUUUUCACAGACAUUCAUCUAGCAUUCCAGGACACUGAACGCUACAGUGCAGCAGAUGCCAUAAGGAAAAACCCCAGUCGACUUGUCAGACAGGAAACAACAGAGCAUUCAGAACUGAGCAUAGAGGACAUGAUCAAAAGUUACCUUACCUCAGAGAGGCUAACUGGAGAAAAUCAGUAUGAAUGUGAACGUUGUGGAGGUAAACAGGAUGCAGAGCGCUCCAUCCAGAUCCUAGAACCCCCAGAACACCUCAUUUUGACUCAACUCAGGUUCUAUUAUGACACUGCCCGAGGACAGCGGCAUAAAGUGUUCACUAAUGUUGAAUUUGGAGAGGAGCUGCUGCUUCCAAUAAGGUACUCAACAAGAGGAUCUUUUGAGGAGGAUCUCACCUCAGGAGAACAAGAGCCACUGAUUUCUGGAGAGAGUCACAGAGAUAUACCCAAAGGUGAUGCACCAGAGCUUACAGGAGAACAGCGCUCAUUUUCAGGUAGCAUUACAUCCACUCAGGAAAACUGUGUAUCAUGUGGAAGCAGUGAAGCAUGUCCAUUAGGUAGAGGGAACUCUAAUGAAAAUUGUCAUCAUAAAACUUCUAUAACCAAAGUUUCUCAUAGUAAUAUUAAUGGUAACAGUGCUAGUAUCCUUGAAAAUGAAGAAGCUUCCAGUAGUUCUAGAAUAUACAGUUUGCAAAAAGAAAGCUUUGGCAAUUCAGAAAAUUGUGAGUCUCAAGCCACUCAGAGCUACUUGCAAGCAAACCACAGCAAUCUGAACCCAGACAACACUUCCGUGCAAGCAUCAUCGCCCAGUGUUAAACAGUCUCCCACAAUAAGCAGCAGUAAUAAAUCCCAGCCUGUGUCUGGUACACCUAAUAGUACAUUCAACUCUAGACAUGAUAGUAAUGAAAUUAUAGAAGGAAAAGGUUAUGAAACUUUGUCUAGCGGGAGUGAGACUACUUUAAAGAAUGCCUCUUGUGGGUCCGGUGUGGUUACCUGUGAUUGUGACAGUCAAAGUGUUAGUGAAAUUAACAGAAGUGCUGAACUUGAUGUAGUGAGUCAUUCAGACCAUGAUACACAACCCAGCUGCAGCUAUCCACUGGUCCAUAAUCCUGAGACCAGUUACAGUUUUUCUCAUAGUGACAAUUUUCAAGCUGGCAGCAAUAUUUCAGUGCAUGGCGAGUCCAGUUCAGCAAGUAGUACAAAUCCACAUCCUGAUAACAGCUGCAGAGCCAUCACAAACCUGCCACACACAACUGACUGCCCCAUGGCUUCAGAAUAUAGUGAGUGUUUGUCCUCUAAAGAAGAAUGUGAGGACGCCCAAGAAGUAACUUAUGCCCGCUAUGCUCUUUAUGGGGUGGUGGUGCACUCAGGUUUCUCAUCGGAGGGCGGCCAUUACUACUGCUAUGCCCGCAACUCCUCCGUUGCUGCCCUCCCUGAAGCAGCACGGGAGAGCAGUCAUGGAGUCCUUGGUGGCUGGUACAACUUCAAUGAUGAAAAAGUGACCAACACAACAUUUUCCAACAUCACCAGCCUCACGCGGAGUUUCAACAGGGACACUGCAUAUCAGUUAUUUUACAAAAAGCUGAGUGAUUGCCUGACGCCUGAGGUGCCACUCACGGAACAGUUUAAGUGCCUGCGUCUAGACCUUCAGGAAGCUGUAGAAAAUGAUAAUCUUCAGUACCGCAGCGAGCAGGAGCGGGAGGUCCAGCGGCGAAGGCACCAGGUUUCAGGCCACACACACUUCUCCCGGGAUCCAGACCAUGACGACACCCCUCCCCCCGGAGGCUGCGGGGCAGGGCCAGGAGGAGGCAGCUUCAACACAGCCUCCAGGGUGGUGUUCUGAGGUAACACUGAUGGGGAGGGCAUAGAAUGGGUGACUCAAGAAGUACAGCCAGGCUUCCAAGGUCAGGCUUUACCUAUUUUAAGCUCUCAGAGUUUUCUGUAGCUACCUAGAAAUAAUAUACUUGUAAACAAAGUGAGUAAUCUCCAUUUGCUAGUUCUUCGGAAACAUUUAUUGCUAUGCUGCCACUACUAUCAUCCUGAUUAAUAGCACUUUUUCAUUAGUAUUUAUACAAUACACAAGAAAACAUUGGUGCUUGGUAACCUGUAAACUCAUCCUAAUUAAGCAAAUAUGGUAAUGAGACAAAGGAUGAUCACUCUCCCUGGCUUUGAUACCUGGUAAACAAGUCCUUUCAAUCAAAUAGCCUUUCCUUGAAUGGAUGAGGCCACCAUGUGAAGAGUUUCUUUAGAAAAUCAGACUGUCUUUUGGUUCAUUUGAUACAGGCAUGUCGGAAGAUUUAGGAAAGUGUAUUAUAUACAAAAGUCUGAAGCUGAAAUAUAAAACAAAAGUAGUGUUUGAAGUUCAGAUGGCAGGACAGUGAAUGUGAUUGGGAACAAAACACCCAAAAGAGUAGAGAAAUACAGAUAUCUGAGAGAAAACAAUUAGUGUGAACCCAGCCCUUGACAUAAUAUAGAAAGAUAAGAUGCCAGCAUCAUGGAUUAGGGAACAGAUAAAGGUUGAAGAUAUUCAAAUGACAAUUAAAAAUAAAAUGGACUUGGGCUGGUAAUAUCAUGUGUAGAACUAAUAACAGAUGGAGAACUAAAGGAACAGGGUGGCAACACAAGAACUAUAGAAAUCAUUGCAGACAGAGAACCAGGUGGAGAAGUGAAAUUAGAGCAUUUGCUGGAGUGGAAUGGAGUCCACUAACACCAGACAAGAGAUGGAGGACAUUGGGAAAUGCCUUUGUCCUGCAGUGGACUACAGUGACUGAUGAUGAUGAUGAGAGUGAAGCCAUUCUUGCACUACAAGUCUGUAGUUUGGAAACUUAUAGAUUGACUGAAGCAUCACAGUGGAUAAUAGUCCCUGAUGGCUUUGCUUAUGAUGCAACUACAGACAACAUUUUGUGAAAUGUGGACAGAAAUUCUUGAAGCCACACCUCACACCGUCCCUCAAACAUGUAACAAGUGAGUGAGUGUGGGGUGCAUGCCUACAGAGUGUUAAUAGCAGGCCAGGUGGUCAUUAUUUGUAACAUUACUGGUUGAUAGGGUAAGAUCGGUUGCCAGAUUCCAAUUGUUUUAUAUACUUUACAUUACACAAAAUGUCUGCUCAAAAUGCUUGGUUUCUGUUUUAAAUUUAGGAUGACAAUAGUUGGUAACUUCUUUAGCAUAUGUAUAUCUAUAAACAUAUUUAUUUACAAAAUGAGUCCCAUUUGUUAUAGAAUAGGACUUGUAACAAUAUGUAAUCCCAGUAUCUGGGAGGUAACACAGUGUUACAUAUAAUUAUUUCAUUGAAUUCAACAAGAAUCAGUGUUUAUUCUGUGAUGUCUUGGAAGAUACUUUUUAUAUAAAUAGAGGAAGCUUAAAUUUUAAUACAAAAAUACUAGGUCCUCCAUUUUCCUUCUUUUUCUUAUUUUAUAAUAAUAAUAAUAAUAAUAAUAAUAAUAAUAAUAAUAAUAAUAAUUAUUAUAUUAUUAUUAUUAUAUUGAUCUUUCUUAUUAUCAUCAUCACCAUCAUAAUCAUAUCAUCAUCAUCCCCAUUCUGCCUCUGCAGGAAACAAGGUCACUGAUGAUGAAAAUAAUGAUGGUAAUUAAUAGACACGUUUUAUUAUCAUUAUUAUUAUUAUUAUUAUUAUUAUUAUUAUUAUUAUUAUUAUUACUACUACUACUACUACUACCGUACCUCUAUUAUUAAAACUACCAUUACCAUGACUACUUCUACUACUACUACUAUUUUUAUACAACUACUACUACUAAUGCUUAUUAUCAUUACUCAUCAGCACAUAAUGAAGUUCUUUAUAUACUGGCAGGGUUGCUAAUACCACUAACAUCAUCUUGUGAUCAAUAACAGUUUUCUCAGAUACUGAUAGUGAUAAAAAUAAUGUAUAAGUAGGACUAAUAUUAGACUGUUGUAAAAGAUUAAUUUUCAAAGGAAGAGAUACUGUGCGUGUGCAUGUGUGUGUGUGUGUGUGUGUGUUUACACUGUGACUGAAGAGAAGUUAGAAAUGAGUUGAGGCAAACUUUAUUUUAUGAAGAGUGACAAGACCGUUCUUGAAUAGUAUGAAUACAUACUACUCCUUACUUCAAAAGCCUUGAUAGUGAGCUGAUAUGUAUGAAUGGAUUUUCUUUAAAGUACUUAAGUCAUGAGAGAAAACUGAGGAAAGUACUUGACAGUUCAGUCAUUGGGAGCAGACACCACAUCAUUCUGUCUGGAAGUACCGACACAAGAAGCAAGAUGGCAGGGCAGUAAAUGUAGUGAUUGGCAAAUUCUGUUAUGCUGUUGACUUGAUGACCAUGUAAUGCCUCAUGUUUUUUGCUUAGCUCAUAUAUAUAUAUAUAUAUAUAUAUAUAUAUAUAUAUAUAUAUAUAUAUAUAUAUAUAUAUAUAUAUAUAUAUAUAUAUAUAUAUAUAUAUAUAUAUAUAUAUAUAUAUAAUGAAAGCUAUAGUUGUUUGGUGAUGUCAUAAUUGCACCACCUAUGACUUGAAGCCAUAUGGUAGGCUUCCAGAAUUGCAUCUUUUUUUCUCAUGUUCUGUAUCUCUUUUUCUCUUGGCAGUUAGUAUGUGCAUUACCUUUGUUAUCAGGAAGUUUGAUAUUAUUUCUUGUGUAAUAUUUGUUGUGUGUCAGUUUCUUGACCAGUAAUUUGUGCUUGAUGUAUAACUCCUAUAACUAUUACUUCCAUUACCAUAUCAUUCUCAUCACCACCACCAUCAUCUGCAGCAUCACCAUGAUCACCACAAUCAUUAUUAUCAUAAUCACAUUAUUAUCAUAUUAAUCACUAUCAUUAUCAUAAUCACCACCAUCAUGAUCAUACUCUUCAUCAACAUUAUUAUUAUGAAACAUGUUAUUUAUCAUUUAACACAUGCAAAAUAUUGUAGGGGCACCUAACUUAAGAAGAUAAAAACUAGUGUUUAUCUAUUGAAAUAUUAAAAUGAGUCAACUCA